GGAAUAACAAAAAGGGGAAAUUGGGGUAGCGCUGUGUAGCCGAUAAAAUUAAAGAAGACGAAGGUGAGUGAAUCUUAUCUGCAACUGCAACUGCAACAGCAACACUCUGUACGUGGAGAAUGUUGAACCUCUCUGUUGCUUCACCUUCUUCGACUAUUUGCUUUCUCCCAAAACCAUUACCAUUCAAAUCAUCCUUCACUGGCAUUCAGCUCCGUCACUCUCCCACAUGCUCCAUUCCACCAACCAAACGCACCGUUUCGGUGGUUAUGAUGGCAAAGAGGGAAGAGGAAUUGAAGGAAAUUAGGCAAAUGACCACCGAACAAAUCAACGAAGAAGUUGUCGAUCUUAAGGGCGAACUUUUCAUGCUUCGCCUUCAGAAAUCGGCUCGUAACGAGUUCAAGUCCAGCGAGUUCCGUCGCAUGCGCAAGAGGAUUGCUCGCAUGCUUACUGUGAAGCGGGAAAGAGAGAUUGAGGAGGGUAUCAAUAAGAGGUUGUCCAGAAAGCUUGAUAAAAAAUGGAAGAGAAGCAUUGUUGUACGACCACCUCCAUCUUUAAAGAAGCUUCAGGAGGAAGAAGCAGCAGCCGAAGCUGCCGAAGCAGAAAAAGCUGCAUGAGCUAACACAAAAAAUGUGCAAGUUACAGAGUUCAACGGUGAAAAUUAUAGUUCAGUCAUAAUUUUCUUGUUUAGAUGGAUACUGUUAUCCCGUGUAUAAUAUAUUGUUUGUAGUAAUGGUUCAUGCCUUUUAUUUUGUAAGAAAAGAGACAUGGUUAUCAAAAUCAUGAUUUGUCCUUCAAAUUAGGUAAAACAUAUUUUUAAACUCGGGAAUUUCAAAUU